AUGCUGCGAGAUUCAUCAGUCGCCGAGCUCAGGCACUUGUCUGCCACCUUCACAAUCGCCACAUUGGCAGCUGUGAAGGCGGCUGUUGAUGGAAAUUGUCAAAACUCUGUCCAUAAUGAUGAUGAGACGGCAGACAACAGCGAAUUCGACGAGGAACCCGACAUCCACAUCCGGCAACACGACAGGUCGUUUCUGAGCAGGACCGGUCCGGAAAUGACGUUGAAAGAUGAUCAGCGGGAAUGUGUCACUGCUGGCCACGCCGAGACCAGCAGUGGGUCCGCCGCCUCUCGUCACCGCUACGAUCUUCCAAACGCCGCCAAAACUGGGUCCUGCUCGUCAUCGUCGAGCGCGUCGAGCGUGUCGCACAUUUCCGAGUGCAGCAAUGACUCGGACCAGCUCAUGAUCUUGGAUACUGGAGUGAAAGACGAAGAUGUGGACGAAGAUGACGAGGACGGGAAGAAAUCGGGUCCUUGCGACGAAAGUCGGCCGCAAACUUCCAUCAAACGGGAGGAUCUUUUCAGGUGCGACCAGUGUGAUUUUGAGGCCGUGAACCUUGCGGUGCUGCAGUCGCAUCAGCGACUCCACAACGGCGACACGGGCAACUGCAACGACCCGAAGAAACCGUUUCAGUGCGACAUCUGUGGGAUGAAGUUCUCGAACGGAGCGAACAUGCGACGGCAUAGAGUGCGUCACACGGGCGUGAAACCGUUCGAGUGUCGAGUGUGCCAGAAGCGAUUCUUCCGCAAGGACCAUUUGGCUGAGCACAUGACAACGCACAACAAAAAGCUUCCUUUUCACUGCCCCGUCUGCAAUAAGGGCUUCCAGCGACAAAUCGCCAUGAGAGCCCAUUUUCAGAAUGAACACGUGGGGAACACGGAUGACGAUCAGAGGACGUGCAGACAAUGUGGAUAUCUUGCAGAGUCGUCGAAAGAUCUGGAGCUUCACGCAGCCAAAAAGCACGGAAUGGAGUUGGAUUCUUCACCGAUUCUGCCGAAUGUUGGCUUCAAUCACAGUUUGCUGAUGAACUUACAAAAUCAGCAAGAAUCCGCUCUUCUCAACUCGCUCAACAUGAAUUCGUCGACGUCAAGCCUGGAAAAGGCGGGAUUGCAGCAAGAUUCAUGCCCCAUGUCUCCGCCCAACGACCUGGUUCCGUCUCAUUUCCUGGCCCCACACGUCGAGAUCAGCGUCCAUCAGCCCGGGUCACCUGCCCCGAGCAUCGACGACGUUGAACCGGGUUCCCCGCCACCAGCGUCGUCGUCGUCGUCGUCGUCAGCACUAGUGUCAGCACUCGGACGAUCCGGGACUGAAGAAUGUGGUUCCGAGUACUCAGGGUCCCCUAACGGACGGCUUAAUGGAGACUCGUGCAAGCGCAAUAAUAAGGCCGAGAGCCUCAAGAAGCGGUUCCUGUCGCGACUAGUCGACACUUCCUCGAACCACGACGCUCCCGACGAUGACGACUCUCAUCACGCCAACAUGAAGUCAGGGUCGCGGUCUCCGAGCCCCUCGUCGCACCUUGUUCAGGUGUCUCCACUGAAAUCAUUAUUGCGACAAUCGCGGCUCGUUCGCGACGUGUUCGCCACUUGCAGCAACGGCACAGUGGCUCCUACGGGAUUCCCAGCAGCUGGACGAAACGGUCACCAAUGCGUCUUUUGCAGCAUCGUUUUCCCGGACCAGACGCUGUAUUUCCUGCACAAGGGGUUCCAUUCGGAAGGAAACCCGUGGAAGUGCAACAUUUGCACCGAACAAUACGCCAACGUGUACGAGUUCAAUUCGCACUUGCUGUCGAAGCCGCACCAGUAG